AUGGAUCCGUCUGCGUCCACGAUACCUCUCUUGGUAUUCCCUUGCAAUACCACAGCCAUCCAUUCGUCGCAGCUGAGGCAGGAUGGAAACUUGGCGAUAGCAGGCCCCAGCAGCAACCCCUCGCCCCACCCUGCAGCAGCCUUGCUGCAUCAGCAACACUUUCCCUACAAGCAGUUGAUGGGUCAGUGGGCUAUCGUAGGCUCAUCACUACCACUCUGGAAAGGCAAGGCCAACGUCAUUUGUCGAUAUACUCCAGAGUCACCUCUGCCAGAUACCGCACCGUUGCCCACUCGAUUGGUCAGAGCGACGCACCCUCCACCUUCUACGCGCACCGCUUCCGUCGUCGAGCCUAGGACUUCGCCAGUCCUACAAGCACCCUCGGAUAUGGCCGAUCAAGUGCGAUUCUACGAUGAGAUAUAUUACGACGCUUUGGACGAGGAUGGAAGGAUACUGGAAGGCAAAGGGCUAGAAAGGGGAGGAGCGACGCAUAUAUCCGGGCGUAACACAAUGGAUGCCAAAGGGCGGAACGGUGAGUUCAAUCUGGAUCAAGCAUCAAGCCUCUCUGCGCUUAAGUUUGGGCGUGGCGCUCACUGGUGAUCUUCUGAUUGGUGGAAGGUGCUUCAUUCCACUGGAGAGGGUUUUGGUGGCUCAAGCCUUUCACAAGCAGAUGGCAAGUGCUGGGGUUCAGUCGAAAUUUCGUAGGAGUCGAAGCUCCGUCGAACGAGCCGGAAUGGAUCAUUGUGCGUGUGUGGCAUCAGUGCGGUAUCUGAUGCGUGUCCAGCCCAGCCUUCGCUGAUGUUGCCUCCAUCUCUGGUACGACGGCGUUCUGUUCGCCAGACCUACUUCAGCGCGACCCUCUUCACUCCUGCCGGAGUGGAUGUGUGAGCGCUCGCAGAUGCUGAACCCUGGUAAUGGGAAUGACGCGAGGCUGACCCAGAACGGCAAUCUCACCUUUGCUGCACGUUUGCUGUCUAGAUAUGCUCGAGAGGCAAGUUCGCUGAGCGACGAGACCUUGGACGACAUCAUUCAAGCCAUGAGGCAGGGAGGGCUUGUCGCACCUCAUCAAGAACCAUGGGAAGAGAAUCUAUCCGAAGCAUCGGCAGAGGACCGAGCUGUGCUUCGGCGGCUGGCUGGUCAGGUCUUCAGGAUACCCCACACAAGGCCUACGCGGCCUCCUUUGUGA